GCGAAACCCCGGAAGUCCUUUUUCCUUUCUUCCGGUGUAGGUGAAGUCCUUUUCGGAUUUACAUCGUCAUAAUGGCAGCCCUCCGACCCCUCACAAGGCCUAAAAUUGUCAAGAAGAGAACCAAGAAGUUCAUACGCCAUCAAUCCGAUCGAUAUGUCAAGAUUGCGAAAAACUGGCGCAAACCCAGAGGUAUUGACAACAGGGUUCGCAGGCGGUUCAAGGGCCAGAUGCUGAUGCCCAACAUUGGUUAUGGUAGCAACAAGAAGACAAAGUAUAUGCUUCCAAAUGGCUUCAAGAAGUUCCUGGUGCGCAAUGUCAAGGAGCUGGAGGUUCUGAUGAUGAGCAACAAGACUCACUGUGCUGAGAUUGCUCACAAUGUCUCCUCAAAGAACAGGAAGGUGAUCGUGGAGAGGGCAGCUCAGCUGGCCAUCAAGAUCACCAACCCCAACGCCAGACUCAGGAGUGAAGAAAACGAAUAAAAAGGCUGUUCAUAAUAAAUACUUCAAUAUUGAA